GAACCUUUCCAUCUCAUGAACGAGGCGACCGACAUCAAUACACUCUGCGCUUCGGUCCCGGAUGACUUGGCAAAAAUCAUUCGGGAAUAUCCUGAGAUUUUCCCGGACGACUUGCCAAGUGGACUGCCACCCAAACAACCCCAGGACCACAAAAUCGAGCUGGAGCCCGGCGCGCAGCCCACUGUACACACACAAUGGCGCCUGACUCAACCGGAGCUACAGGAACCACGAAACCAGCUGGACUACCUAAUGGCGAAAGGGUUCAUUCGGCCGAGCACGUCACCGUUCGCAGCACCGAUCCUGUUCACCCAAAAAAAUGAUGGCGGACUUCGUAUGUGUACGGACUAUCGUGCCCUUAAUCGAGUAACGAAAAAAUUGCGCUACCCAAUCCCACGCACGGACGAACUGAUCGACAACCUUCGCGGAGCUUGCUAUUUUUCGAAGAUCGACCUUCGCGGCGGUUACCAUCAAAUUCGGGUGUUCGCUGACAAUUGCCACAAGACCGCGUUUCGUAUUCGCUACGGGAGUUACGAAUACACGGUGAUGCCGUUUGGAUUAACGAACGCCCCCUCAACGUUCCAACUCACCAUGAACGUGGUGUUCCGCGAUCUACUCGACAAAUGCGCGAUAAUUUACCUGGAUGGCAUCCUGAUCUACAGCAAGACCCAGGCGCAACAAUUAAAGGACCUCGAAGCGGUUUUUCAGCGGCUGCAGCAGUAUCGUCUCAUCACCAAGGGCUCCAAGUGCGAGUUUUUAAAACAGGAACUGGAGUUCCUGGGGCACGUGAUCUCCACGGAGGGAAUUCAAAUAAACUCGCAAAAUCUCCUGGCUAUUCAGGAGUGGAAAUCGCCAACAAAUCUGCAGCAGCUGCAAUAAUUUUUGGGCUUUGUGAAUUACGUGCGGU